CAUACCAGGAGAAAGCAGCCAGCCCCUGGGAAUCAUGUCAACGGGGUGAAGUUGCAGGCUCAUCGAGGGUUUGGUGUUCCAACAUUUUACAAGGGUCCUAAGGGUAAAGACUGUGUCUCUAAGCCGCUCUCCAUUUUCUUUCCAGAUGGGACAGGUCAGAUUUAUUAUCCAUCAGGGAACAUAGCACUGAUUAUCUCACACACAGAAGAUUGUGAUGCCUUCACCUACAUGAUUUUCAAAGAUGAAGAAAAAUUACACUUGCAGGCCCUCCUCAACAACAUGGGACAUGCUACCUUCUAUGACAAAGAACAAAAUAUCCGGAUGUGUCUGGGUUUGAAUUUGGGCUUCUACUUUGAUGCAAAAGGAAGACAGAAGGCCUGGAACUGGUGGGACCCAAAUCAACAUAUCCAUGCACCCCCUCACCAGCCGAUUUACUUCGAUCUCAAUCCAUGCUUUGGUGUCCACGUUAAAACCCAGGAUAAAGUGCUUAUCACCUUCAGUUACUACAAACAAAAAAUCCACUUAAACCUGGGCACCAAGGUCAAGGUGAAAGACUCCGAGACAGAGAUGAAACUGCAGCACAAGACUCUCCUGGAAACCCACAAAAUGCAGAAACAACUCCAAAAGACAAACAGCCUCCUGCAGAAAAUGAAAGGGCUGAGCUGUCUGACCAAAGUCGACCUGGAGAACUUCCUCAAGGGCUACCCAUCCAUGUCUGCGGUGGAAGAAUAUCUGCGGGCUGGAAAGCUCAGCAUACUCUGCUCAAAUCCCACCAGGGGAUGAGCUGCGUGAUGGUGCAGCCUUCCUAAGGAAGCGCUCCCUGCCUUCCAUCUGCCAAAAGCCUAAGGCUUGUUGCGGUUGUGGAAUUUGAGGGACAUUUAAGAUCCAGUCGCAGCCUCCUGUAUUUAGUGUAAGGGGGUGGGGCUUCUGGGGGAUCGGUUUGUUUGUUUUAAAGGUGCUCCAACGCAUAAAAAUUAACACCGCUCUCUUCGGACAGGAUUCAAAGUUAAUCACAAUUUGAAUCUGGGCAGGCAAUGCUAGCGGGCAGCUAGGUAGCACAGUGGAUAGAGUGCCAGGCCUGGAUCAGGAAGACCCGAGUUCAAGUCUGA